AUGAGCAAUAUUGAUGAAGUCGCAAGUACAAUAUCACAUGAUGAACUCUUGGAAAUAACACAGUCUUCGCUUUGUACACUUUUAAAUUGUGAUUCUCUACUAUGUGAUUUACCUUCAGACAUUAUUAUUGAAGAAAUUUUGUCACAGAUUGCAGUAGAACAUGGACAGUCAAUUGCUAUAUUUAUAUCUAGAGAAGAAGAACCUGCUUUAAAAGUUAUAGUACCACAAAAAGCAACUGUUUGGGACCUUAAGAAGGCAAUUGCCAGACAUUUUGAAAUACAUCAGAAGAGGACGGGAAGUAAAGUUAAGAUAUCUUGGAAAUACAUUUGGAAGACCUAUGACUUAAAUUUUGAUGGUAUAAUAUUGGACAAUAAUAACAGUCUCAUUGAAGACUAUGGUGUGACCAACAAAAUAACAUUAACUUUUAAAAAGAGAAGGAAAAAUAAAUAA